AUGACAGACGCCCAAGAAAGCAUUCCAGAGAAAACGGAAUCGCCGUUACAGGCCCACUAUGGCAUCUCCCUAAGGUACGCCUCGCAACGCAUCAGACUGAUGUAUGACCAGACCCCGUGGAAUACCAUACGCACACAGUUGACACCCGAAAUUGAUGAAAAAGUGCUCUUGGAGUUGGAACCCACGGAUCAAUAUCGCCACAGUGUGCUGUUUAUCACAACGGUGUGCUUGCUCACGCUUCUUCUUUGGGUGGUUCCCAUUCUGCUUUCCCUCACGGUACCUACGUGUGUGUCCGACCUCUGUAUACCCCAGUUUACGUUCCAAUUGAAGGACCAGAACCCUCACGCCAGAGAAAUCUUGCUGUCUGGAAAGGAGCUCAUGAAGGUGGUUUCGUAUUUUGCAAAGGACUUUGGUCCGACAGAAACAGAUGUCACCGCGUACCUGGAUAUCGUAGACACCUUUUCCACCACCCACAUUUACAGCUUAAACUUCUGGGGUUACUGUCGCGCAAGCACCGUUACCGGUGAAACCUUCUGUGCACGGUCCUACGGCCUAGACCUCUUGUCGAUCCUCAUGAGGGAUUUCGGGAACCAGUUGGGCCAGCUCUUGCAACACGACGCCAAGAGUGUCGGGGAUUCAUUUGUGGACUCGUACGAAGAGGCAAUGCAGAAUCUCCAGUUGUUUCUCUCCAGUCAGAAACGCAGCGUGGACGCUGUGCACAGCACGAUUCUUCUCAAGAAGUUUUCCCAGUGCGUGGCCUGGUGUGUUUUGGGGGUGACGGUGCUAUCGUUCCUUGUAGCCGCCUAUAGUCUGUUUGUGUGCGUUUCGUUUGUUUAUGGGAGUCUAUUGCCGAAGCUUCGGCUUUAUCCCAGCUUUGUGCUUAUAUUAAGCGGAGAAAUCAGUGUCUUCUUGCUCACCUUUUUUAUCGGGGCCAGCGAGUAUGAGUUCUUCAACCAGAUCUGUAAGCUCACUGGGCUGAUCGACAUUGCCGACGUACACCGGUCGGCGGGCAACACGGUGCUCUGGGUCUCCCCUAACAUCCGCAGCCCUCCAAUACCCCAUUCUGCCACUACCCACAGCCAUUACAUCAUGGGAAGCUGUUUUUCCAAGCCAAAGAGCCCACCACUCAACGAAAAGCCCAGCUCCAGAACUGCACAGACACCUAACGUGAGGCCACCGGGGGCAAAGAAGGGCCGCGUUUUAGGAAACACACCCAAUGCCACGGAAGACGCCAGAGAAUCAGCGAGGCAGGCGGCGCUUGAGAGACACACGGCGACCAGUGCGAAGGAACAAGGUCCAUUGGGACGCCGGUUGGACCAGGAGCGCAAGAAGACCGCGCAGCAGGUGUUAAAGGACGACGUCGCGUUGAAGGAGCAGUUGAAGAGGGCGGAAAAGAAACAGAAGAUUAACGAAGAGUGGUAG